AGCUAGCAAAACACUCUUUUUCUUUUGAUAUAAACCAUUUCGAAAUUGUUUCAAAAACGCAGUUCAUAAUUUGUUAUUAAGCCGAAGCAAUGGCAACGUUACCGUGCUAUAACCCUGAAUUACCAUACCUCGGUCUGAUUCCCGGAGGAGUCAGAUCUGGUACUAUGCUAAGAAUAAACGGGAUGAUGCCGUACGGUGGUAAUCGUUUUUCCAUAUUUCUUCAAACCGGAGCUGCGAUUCGUCCACGAGACGAUACCGCUUUACAGUUAAGCGUACGACCUACGGAACCAGUUAUUGUACGAAACCAUUGCGAGAACAAAAAUUGGGGCAACGAAGAACGUUUCGGUGGAUGUUCAAUUUAUCCAGGCCAGUCGUUUGAAAUUUUAAUUUUAGCAGAACCUGCUGCCUUUAAAAUUGCCAUCAAUGGAGUACAUUUCUGCCAUUUUAAUCAUCGUUUCUCCAUGCACCGAGUGACAUUCAUUUGUGUUGAUGGCGACGUAACAUUAACAUCAAUUACAACGGGCUCGGACGUGCCGUCAGCGCCACCAUUGCCACAUCCGUUACCGGGACCAGUCCAUCCUAUUCACCCUAUUCAUCCCAUUCAUCCAUAUCCUCCAAGAAUGAGCUAUCCAGGAACUGGUCAAACACAUCGUCCACACUAUCCGCAUCAUCCCGGAUAUGGACAAUCUGGUUUCAUUCCAGGGCCUCCACCACCGCCACCGUAUUCUCCAUCACCGUAUCCGGGACACAGAUAUCCGUACAUGCAGACACGACAUGAUUCGGCCACUUCAGUCCCUGCUUAUUCGUUACAAAACGAUUCGAACUACUUAAAAAGGAGGAACAGGAAUAAUGCGAUAAAGUACGCUGCUGUUGGAGCUGGUGUAGCUGGAGGAGUUGGACUGGGUGCAUUUGCCUUGUCGAGAGCAUUUGGUGGUGGAGAUGGUGGUGGUGAUGGCGGUGAUGAUGGCAGCUUUGAUGUAGAAGAAGUGGAUUUCGGCGGGGAGUAAUUAACGAAUAAUAACGGCAGUGCAUCCUUUUGCUUCAAACAGAGUUUCUUCAGAAUAAAUUGUUAUUAAAACAUUGUUAA